AUGAACUUCCUUCAGGAUGUCCGCAAGCGACUGCCCACAGCGCAAAGGAUGCCUUCAUACGAUGAUCUGUCAAAGAGUGCAGAGAAGAUGACCCCGAGGUUAGCCUUCUUCCGUCGACGCAUACGCCUAAGAGAGAACUCGCGCAUCUCAAUACCUCUGGGCCUGGUCUUGCUUUUCCCAUGCUUGAUUGUAAUAUUAAUACUGCUGCUCUUCGUGCGGCACCCUACCGAGGCUGGCAGGAUACUCAUGCCCGCCGGCGCACCUCCAUCCAUUAGAAAAAUCAGCGAGAAACAUGACAAGGUCUUCGUCACAGGUUGUCAAGAUCCUGCCCUUGAGACAAACCAACCGCGCGCCAACGCCGCUUUCGUCGUCCUCGCCCGCAACAAGGAGCUCGAAGGUGUGCUCCAGUCGCUCAAGUCGGUUGAGAGACACUUUAACAGAUGGUUCCACUACCCAUACGUCUUCCUGAACGACGGCGAUUUCAACUCGACCUUUAAAGAUGAGGUCCGUAAGCACGUCAGCGCGAACGUCGAGUUCGGCAAGAUCGAUUCCUCCAUGUGGGGAUUCCCUGACUGGGUCGACCACAACGUGGCCAAGGAGGGCAUCAGGAAGCAGGGUGAUGCCGCCAUCAUGUACGGUGGUAUGGAGAGUUAUCACCACAUGUGUAGAUUCUACUCUGGGUAUGCCUGCAGUCCGUUUCGAAGAGUUGAGCCUGUGCUGACGUCUACAGCNUUCUUCUACAAGCACGAACUUCUACAGAAGUACGACUGGUACUGGCGUGUUGAGCCCGAGAUCAAGUACUUCUGCGAUAUCACNCUAGUAUGUUUCAACAGAGCACAUGCUUCUGAACGUGGCUUGCUAACCUCUCUUAGUGAUCCUUUCGUUCAUAUGGAGCGUAACAACAAGACCUAUGGAUUCACUAUUGCAGUCAAGGAACUCAAGGAAACAGUGCCGAAUAUCUUCAGAUAUGCUUCGGCCUACAAGCGAGUUAACAACAUCACCUCGACUGGUCUCUGGGAGAUGUUCCUGGAGCCAAAGCCCGAGAAGCCGGCAGAUGAAUUGCCCAAGGACGACCCCAAGUACAAGAAGCCUCUUCCUGAAGACAUUCUCCGAACAGAACCUGGCGCAGGCACUAUCCCCGAUGUAGAUCCCGAGUCCAUGGAGGGCGAGACCUACAACAUGUGCCAUUUCUGGAGUAACUUUGAGAUUGCCAGACUUGACUGGUUCCGAAGCAAGGAGUACGAGGAUUUCUUCCAGAUGAUGGAUCGUAGUGGAGGCUUCUGGAUGGAAAGAAUUCACUACUUCCGCGACAUCGGCUAUCGUCACACAACAAUCGCACACUGUCCAGCAAACGCAAAGGCUCGCCAGGAGCCUCGCCAACCUUACCUUGAGAUGACAACAACAGACGAAAAGAAGAGAAUCGAGGAAGAUGCAUACUGGGAGGAGUGGGACGAAGAGAAGGAAAACGGUGUUGGCUGCAGAUGCAGAUGUGAUCCCGAAGUCCCGGAGGUCGAGCUCAAAGAAGGCAGUUGUCUGCCCAACUGGGUAGAUGUGGCGGGAGGUUGGAUCACUCCCGGGCCGCCAGCAUGA